GCAUUGAUGUGCGACCAGGAAUAUACACCAUUUGUUCGUAUUAUGCCCAAGAAUGACCCCCGAAGCCAUUUAAAAAAGAAAGCCCCCUCAUGUGGCGAAAGUUAUGGGAUGUGGCGCCCUUCGUACUUUCGAGACUCUAGAGACGAUUCGUGCGAUUCCAAUAUGGCGGCUGAGAGCAGCCUCCUGCCAGUUCAGGGCACAACAUCUGUGGAUAUUCGUCUGCCAUGGGAGGAACUCGUCGUCUCCAUCCAUCGAAACGGAAAGAACGGAAUACCAGGAGGAUUGUGGGGUCUACAAUUGCAGAUCAAAGAUGCUCUUCUUACAAUGGCUCCACACUUGUUAUAUAUAACUGAAUAACAUCUUGCACAACCCCUGAGAAAUGAUUAUGACUUUGCAGCACAUUUCUCUCAAGCGAGGAAUGGAGUCGAAAGGGAAGAUGAAAAUGGAAGAAUGAAAGAAGAAUUAAAGUGGAAUAAAGGAGAGAGCAUUAAGGAAAAUAGGUUUUUAAGAUAAUAAAACAUUACCGCUAAUAACAACCGUACAACUUUCGUGUACUAGAUGCCGGGAAUCUCCAGGAAAGAAGAUGUUCAUAAUAUGGGUGAUAAUGGACAGUAAUCUGCUGUUUAUAAAAUGAUAAUUGGAGAUUGAAAAUAAUAUUGAAUAACAAUAUUUUUAGUUUUAGCUAGAGACAGAUGAGGUCGUAUGAUGGAAAUAUUUCUUUGUGUUCAGCACUGAAUUGUAUCUCAUUAGAAGACGUAGAGGAAACAAGAAUAAAGUCGAUUCGAUUUUGUUUUAAAUAGUAGAUUAAACUUUUAUAUGGCACAGUUUUGACUGGAUUAAAUAUGAGGUAAUGUUCAUUCUCUCAUGGAAUCUUAAGCAAAAGUUUUGAGUGAAUCUUUGAAGUAAGAGCUGUAAUAUUUUCUAUGUGGUGCAUCUGUGAAUAAAGUAAGUAAAAUUAAUAAAAAUGCUUUCUUCCCCAAUAAUUCGAACGCAAGUGAAUAAGGCAUUAUUGUUUCAAUGAUAGUGAAGCGGUUGACGAUAAUUCAUAAUAUGAAUAUUCAUUAUUGUUAAUAAUACUGAAUAUUGAGGAUGAGCCCAUUUGUGUAUGCUCGAAAUUAUAUAGAACUCAUAUUUUUUAUCACUGCCAUGGAUUUAUGCUUAUUUUUUUU